AUCAUGUCUACCACAUCACUCAGCAAAUCCUCCGCCGGCCGGACUCCAGCCGCGAACGGUCACUACGUCAACGGCAGUGCAGCAACCUCGGACGCAAGUUCAGAACGCAUACAGAUUAUCGACGACGAGAAGCAGUUCACCCCUGCAUUGACGUCGCAGAUCGAGAAAUGGGGACUCGGUCAUGCCGGUUUCGAUUACGAUAUUGUAUCCGUGUUUGGUUCCCAAUCCACUGGCAAAAGUACAUUGCUUAACCGACUAUUUGGAACCAACUUCGACGUAAUGGACGAGACGAAGCGGCAACAGACGACCAAAGGCGCGUGCAUAUGGAUGUGUAAAGCAAAGGGCGCGAACCUCCUCGUCAUGGAUGUAGAAGGAACGGAUGGACGAGAACGCGGAGAGGACCAGGACUUUGAACGCAAAUCUGCCCUGUUCUCUCUGGCCUCUUCGGAGGUCCUCAUUGUCAACCUAUGGGAGCACCAAGUUGGAUUGUACCAGGGUGCAAACAUGGGGCUCUUAAAGACCGUGUUCGAAGUCAACCUCGGCCUCUUCGGCAAGAAGACUGCAGACGGUCGCAACCAGCGCACACUUCUGCUCUUCGUGAUUCGUGACCACAUCGGCACAACCCCAUUAGCGAACCUGCAGACGACCUUGUCCGCGGACAUGCAGAAGAUCUGGGAGUCACUGUCCAAGCCUCCGGAGCUCAAGGACAAGCAACUGUCCGACUACUUCGACCUCUCGUUUGCCGCCCUGCCUCACAAGAUUCUUGCCGCGGACAAGUUCGAGAGCGAGGCCAAAGCCCUGAGCAGGCGUUUCCUUGACAAGACGAAGGAGGACUAUGUCUUUUCGCCUCAGUACCACAAGCGGAUACCUGCAGACGGUGCGGCCUUCUACAUGGAAGGCAUCUGGGAACAAGUCCAGAGCAACAAGGAUCUGGAUUUGCCGACCCAGCAGGAGUUGCUUGCGCAGUUCCGUUGUGACGAGAUUGCCACGGCCGCGUUGGCGGAGUUCAACGAGCAGGCGAAGCCCCAGAAGAGGCCGGUCGAGUCUGGAAAGGUUGUCCAAGGCCUCGGGAAGAUGAUGCGUGCAUGGCGUAGCGGCGCGAUUGACCGCUACGAUCGUGACGCCUCCCGCUACCACCCGGGCGUGUACAAGCGGAAACGCGUAGACCUCAUCGGCGUCAUUGACUCCACGUUGUCACCGUUGUUCCUCGGGCAGCUCAAGAACCUGCACAAGGCAUCCCUUGCGACUUAUAAGAAGGAGAUGCUGGAUGGCAUGAAGGGCGAGAACUACAACUUCGCCGACGUCGUGACCGCAUCGCGUGAGCGGAUUGAGAAACGCUUCUUGGAGGGAGCGCAGGAGGCGCUCGUUGAAGGCACCGACUGGAGCUACGCGGAGGAGCUGCAGCUUUUGCGUGAGGAAGCUCGCAUUGUCGCGGAUCAGUGCAGGAAAGAUGAGACGAAGAAGAUGGUCAACGUCAUCGAGCGCAACUUCAAGAAGCAGAUCUCUGAGCCCGUCGACCUGUACCUCAAUAAGCCGACGCCCGAUAUGUGGGACAAGGUUCUCAAGCUCUUCCGCGACACGCUCGAGAAGGCAGAGUCGUCCUAUCUCGCGAAGGCCAAAAGUUUCGACUGCACGGACGAGGAGAACACCACUGCUCUGACCACGCUUCGCAAGCGCGCAUGGCUUGCGCUCCGCGCCAAGAUCGAGGAACAGACCGCGGACACUGUCUUCCUAGGCAAGCUCCGGACAUACUUCGAGGAGCGCUUCCGGUACGACGAGAACGGUGUCCCGAGGGUCUGGCGGCCGGACGAUGAUAUCGAUGGUGCAUUCCGCAACGCGAAGGAGCAGACUCUGGAGCUCAUCUCACUCUACUGGAAGAUCAAGCCGACAAAUCCAAAACUCGAGUUCUCGCUCCCGUCAGAGGCAUCGGACUCGCUUGCAACCGGCGAGGAGUUCGACUUCCCCUCGACGCUCGUCGUGUUCACGGAAACGAAGGCGCUCGACCUGACGAACCGCUUCCGGCGGGACGCGGACGCGUUCUACGUUGAGGCGAAGCGCAGCACGGUGUCGGGCGUCGCACAGAUCCCGUACUGGGUCUACGGCAUGCUCGUCGUGCUUGGGUGGAACGAGGCCAUGGUCGUCCUGUUCAACCCGCUCUACUUCGCUAUGCUGCUGGUACUAGCGGCGACUGCUUGGAUAAUCAUUCAGCUCGGCAUGGUCGGCCCCGUACUCCAAAUAUUCAAGACGCUCGGCGGCGAGGUCCACCGCCAAGUCGACCACCGCCUGCGCGAGCACUUCUCGCCGCCCCAGCUCGCACAGCCGGUCCGCGCGUCGUCCUCGCGCGGCGCGCGCAGAGACUCGGUAGACGACGACAAGGUCCGGCGGAUGAAGACGGAGCCCAUGUAGGCCGUCGCGUCGCGUGGUUUGUGUGGCAUGGAUCUCUGGUUGGAUGGACUUGUGGCGGGACUGGCCGUCUGCAUUCCUUGAUUUUAUUUCCGUCUUCGCUGUAAUUAUUUGUCCGCGGAUUGAUUACUUAUCGCAAUGACCCUUCA